AUGUCUACGUCUUUAAAAAGAAAGCAGAUAUCAUCUGGUUUAUCUGUUACCCAAAAAGUAUUUGUUCGUUCAAGACGUGGAAAGGCCUCCAAGAUAGUCAGAGAGCAUUAUUUGAGAGAUGAUAUUCCAUGUGGCUCUCAAGCCUGUGAAGCAUGUGAUGAAUAUUACUUUCCUGAUCCUUCGGGUUUUGUAAGGCAUCCUGUUUUAUCCAAAACACCACUAAAAAUUGAGAAAAAGAGUAUUGGAAAGCAUUAUGUCAUUCCUGACACAAAUGUUGUACUUAAUGCCAUCGACAUGUUAGAAAAUGACAAGGUGUUUUAUGAUGUCAUUAUCCCGCAAACUGUUUUGGAAGAAGUUAGAAAUAAAAGUUAUCCCAUAUAUAUGCGUUUAAGGGGUUUAUGUAAAAGUGAAGAUAAAAGAUUUGUGGUGUUUCAUAACGAGUUCAAGGCUAGCACAUAUUUAGAACGGAAAAUUGGCGAAACUAUGAAUGAUUACAACGAUAGACUUAUAAGAAAGUGCGCAAUUUUUUAUGGAGAACACCUUCAAGAUGCUGGGAUCUCUAUUGUUCUAGUCACGGGUGAUCGUGCAAAUCGUGAGAAGGCACAGAAAAAUAGCAUUCUUACCUUGUCACUCCCCGAGUAUAUAUCCCUACUUCCAAAUUCCAUUGAAUUGCAAGACAUGUUGCCCACUUCUGGAGAAUUUUCGUCGAACUACAAGGAGAUUAAGUACCCAUCCUAUUUUUCUGCUGCCAGACUUAUUGGAGGUAUCAAAGCUGGAUCGUUGCACCAAGGUACCAUUAAUAUCUCAUCGUACAACUUUUUGGAGGGUACUGUUGCUGUUCCAAACUUGCCAAAGCCCUUGCUUAUCUUAGGAAGAGAGAAUUUAAAUAGAGCAUUCAAUGGUGAUAAAGUUGUUGUUGAAAUUCUCUCAAAGAAUAAUUGGAAAAAGCCUUCAACUAAAAUUAUUGACGAGGAAGCAGUUAACCAGAACGGGAUUGGUGAUGAUGAUGAUGAGGUCAUGGUUACAGAUAAAGAGAGAAUUGUCUUGGCACAGGAGGCAGUGAAGGCGCAAAAGGCAUUUCUUCAAGAUGGUGAUGAUGACCAAAAAAGUAUUGUUCCCACUGGACGUGUUGUUGGAAUAAUUAAGCGUAGUUGGAGACUAUAUGUUGGUCAGUUGUCCCCUAAUUCAAUCGAUCAAAAUAACAAUUCUGGAUAUUCUGCGAAAAACUGUUUUGUUAUUCUCAUGGAUAGAACCCUCCCUAAGAUCAGAAUCAGGACUCGGAGAUCUCGCGCGUUAGCUGGUAAGAGAAUUGUCGUUGCAGUUGAUUCGUGGUCGGAAAGCUCUAAAUUUCCACAGGGCCAUUAUGUUCGAACUCUUGGAGAUAUUGAGGAUAAGGAUGCUGAAGAGGAAGCUAUUUUGCUUGAGCAUGACAUUGAGUACAGGCCCUUUUCUAAAAAUGUUUUAGAUUGCCUUCCAAAAGAAGGUCACAACUGGAAAGUUCCUGAAAAUCUUAAUAAUGGUGAUCAGUUAUUGGCUAAAAGAGAGGAUCUUAGAGAUAGGCUUAUAUGCUCGAUUGAUCCUCCUGGUUGUGUAGACAUUGAUGAUGCUUUGCAUGCCAAAAAGCUUCCCAAUGGUAAUUACGAGGUCGGUGUUCAUAUUGCGGAUGUGACACAUUUCGUGAAACCAGGUACGGCAAUUGAUCAGGAAGCUGCAUCCAGAGGUACAACUGUUUAUCUUGUGGAUAAACGUAUUGAUAUGUUGCCAAGCCUUUUAGGUACGGACUUAUGUUCGCUUAUGGCUAAUGUCGAUAGAUAUGCAUUUUCUGUUAUUUGGGAAAUGAACGAUAAAGCGGAGAUUCAGAAUGUCAAAUUUACAAAGUCCAUUAUUCGUUCAAGGCAUGCUUUUUCUUAUGAGGAGGCACAGAUGAGGAUGGAUGAUCAAGAAAAGCAAGAUCCUCUCACACAGGAUUUGCGUAUAUUAUUACGUCUGUCAAAGAUUUUGAAGAAAAAAAGAUUGGAUGCAGGUGCGUUAAAUCUUGCAUCUCCUGAAGUUAGAGUCCAUAUGGAUAGUGAAACGUCAGAUCCAAGUGAGGUCGAAGUUAAACAACUUUUGGAAGCAAACUCUUUGGUUGAAGAGUUUAUGUUAGCAGCAAACAUAUCUGUUGCCAGAAAGAUAUAUGAGACCUUCCCUCAGGUUGCUAUGCUUAGACGACAUGCUACCCCACCUGCAACAAAUUUUGAAGCUUUAAAUGAUAUGCUCAGGGUUAGAAAAGGGAUGAGUCUUUCAGUUGAAAGUUCAAAAGCACUUGCAGAUUCUCUUGAUCGUUGUGUUGAUCCAAAGGAUCCAUAUUUCAACACAUUGGUUCGUAUAUUAGCUACCAGAUGUAUGACUGCAGCCGAAUACUUUACUGCUGGAAGUUUUAGCUACCCAGAAUUUCAUCAUUACGGUCUCGCUGUAGACAUUUACACACAUUUCACGUCUCCAAUUCGUCGGUAUUGUGAUGAUAUUGUUCAUAGGCAGCUUUCUGCGGCUAUAAAUUAUGAAACUUUAAGCAAGUUACAUAUGGAUAAAGAUAAAAUGGAUUUGAUUGUGAAGAAUAUUAAUAGGAGACACAGAAAUGCACAAUUCGCUGGUAGAGCAAGCAUUAAUUAUUAUGUUGGUCAGGUCAUGAAAAGUGCCGAAGCUGUUGAGCAUGGUUAUGUCAUAAAAGUGUUUUCAAAUGGUAUAGUUGUGCUUAUUCCAAAAUAUGGUCUUGAGAGUUUGAUUAAAUUGGAUGUAUUAGGUCAGGUGGAUACAGCUAUAUUUGAUGCAGAAAAGUAUAAGCUUACAUUCAAAAAUGGUGAUGAUCAAGAGACAGUAAUAACUUUAUUUGACAAUGUUGAGGUUUAUGUCAAGACAGAAUUGGAUAAAUUCACUGGAAAAAGGAAGGUUUUGUUAUCGUUGAAGUAA